AUGAAGGAAGCCCAGAUAAAAUGGAUUGAGCUUGUGGAAGCGUACGAUGAGGCUGCCAAUUCCAGAGACCCAGAUGAUGUUGAGGUUCCGGCCGAGAACGAAGGCGACGUGUCUGAAGUAGAUGACAACGCUGAAGAGGUUGAAGAGGCCGAAGACACUAGAGAUGAAAUCGAGGAUCUCGAACAGGAGAAUGCUACCCGAGAGCACAUUCCCAAGCAUUGUGGCGAUUUGUAUCGUAGUUUGAAGCCAACUUUGGCUGUACUGGAUGCGAAAACCAAAAACGCUAUUCACAAAAUUGUAGUAGAGAGAUUAGGAGAAUAA